UCGCUCAGCGCCAGCGGCGAGUUCUACGACGUCGCCUUCAAGGUGAUGCUGGUCGGUGACUCUGGGGUUGGCAAAACCUGCCUGCUGGUGCGGUUUAAAGACGGCGCUUUCCUGGCCGGCAGCUUCAUCUCCACGGUUGGAAUUGACUUCAGGAAUAAAGUCCUGAACGUGGACGGCGUGAAAGUGAAGCUGCAGUUCUGGGACACGGCCGGGCAAGAGCGGGUUCGCCGCGGCACCCAUUCCUACUACUACCGAGACGCCCACGCCCUGCUGCUGCUGUACGACGUCGCAAACAAAGCCUCCUUCGACAACAUCCAGGCGUGGCUGACGGAGAUCCACGAGUACGCGCAGCAGGACGUCGUCCUCAUGUUGCUGGGGAAUAAGGCGGACUCCACGCAGGACAGAGUGGUGAAGAGGGAAGAUGGAGAGAAGCUGGCCAAGGAGUACGGAGUGCCCUUCAUGGAGACCAGCGCAAAGAGCGGCCUCAACGUCGACUUGGCCUUCACGGCCAUUGCCAAGGAGCUGAAGCACCGGUCCAUGAAGCUGCCCAACGAGCCCAAGUUCAAGCUCCACGACUACGUGAAGAAGGAAGUGAGAGGCACCGGCUGCUGCAAAUCCUAACGCGCAGGCGUCGGCGCCUGGGGCGCUUGUACAGAGACUCGCGUUCGUGUGCCGUCCCCCUCCUCGUGGCCAGUUUGUGCAUGUCUGUCCGUUGUGUCUGUAUGCGCGCACAGGGGAGCUGAGACGCGUGGGACGAGAGGAGCAGCAGGAAAGGCUCUUGCCGGGCCAGCGCGGUCCGGCCACGACGUACCGGAGACCCCACUGCAGCCACGUUCCUGCGCUCGCUCGCUCGCUCGGGUGUAAAACCUUGGCGGGCUCCUGCCAGGGAAACGAACCUUUCCUUCCCGCUUCGGUCUUUGCCGGGCUGUUCGGUCUCGAGCCGCGGGCUCUGGGGAGGGUUCGGCACAGGCAGAGAGGGAGGUGGUAGCAGUCUGAGCACACCCUGCAGUGUCAUCACGAUGGCUCUUGACGUCUCCUUCCCCCCACGGCCUUAGGCGAGCCGCUGCACUGCUCCGUGCCUCAGUUUCCCCACCUGUAAAAUGGGUGCGGUGAUACUUACCCCUCAGGGGGUGCUGUGGAGUCAAGGGCCGUGUUAAGUGCUAUUCUUAUGUGACCGAGGGGAAACUCGUUGGGUUUCAGAGGCAGAAGGGCAGCCCCGCUCAGUGACGUCUUCUCCCUGCCCCAUCCCAAUCUGAAACGCUGCUCUCCAAACUCUCCAGCCUGGGGCACGGUGGCCGUCGGCUGCGCACGCCGGAAAGCUUUCCGUCCUCGAGGCUGGUAUUUUUGUAGUCGCUCCCCUUGCUCCGUCCGUCGGUACUGUCCCUUCCUCGGUGCAGGCUUCUCCUUCCCCCGGCGAGGGACGAGAGCUUAGAUGUCCGUUUCUGCGAACGCCCCCCUUGUACAGAGGAGCCGUGACCGUUUCUAUGUUUGAUUGAGGCUGUGGCUCCCCCUUCUUGCCGUUUCUAGUAUUUUGAUUGAGGAAAACCCCGAUGUGCUGCCGCUUUUUCUAGGUAUCUUCACAUAGGUGUGCUCGCGUUCGCAGACCGUACCCGCACUUCCGUUUCUUUCCCACUCUCUGGGGGCAGAUCUUUCCGCUCGAGACCACCACAGGUCUCAGCAGACCAGUGCAGCUUUGCUGUCGUCAUUAGCUGCACAGGUGCGCUGAAAUCCUCCUUCAUCCCCCCUCUCUCCCAGGUCUUUGGCAGUGCUUUUUUCUCAUUUUUAUUGCACCUCUAAAUGAACGCGUCUCUGGGCUGAGGCUGAUUCCCAGCAGAGGUUUGCAAAGGUCGUGGCUCUGACCCCCGGCACCCGAUGCAACGAACCUCCCUUUUGCAAUCCAUCUGAGGCUCAAAGCUCCUCCAGCCAAAAGCAGGUGGGGGGGUUUCUUAGCACCCACCUCAGACCAACCCGCCCCUUGUUGCAUUAAGGUUCGAUUCAGGCCGACGGGGGCCGAGUCCACGAGGCUCAGCCAGCGAAGCAGCGAGCGGUCCCAGGCCCCAAAGGAGAGUUGCUUUUUUAAAGGGAGCACAGAGGCAGCGAUUCAGGACGGACGGCCCGCGCAGGGAGCCCGAUACACAGAGUAGCAGCUUGAAAGCGAGGAAGCGUCAUUGGAACAAACGCUGUGACAGGGACCAGGCAAAACGCCCUGGAAAUUUUAUUUUUUGGAUGGUGGGGAGGAAAAGAACCACCUUUUCUCCUUCAUUUCCUGUGACUUUGUUUUCUGCUUUUGGGUGAGAAACUGAAAGCAGAAAAAAAAAUCUCCUUUUGCAGAACCCAAGCAGCAAACUUUUAGCAAAACCACCCUUUUGUAAUCAGAGCGUGGGGUCCUAUAAAGUUUGGUCAAUUGACCGGUCAAAAUUGUAAAAAAAAAAAAAAAAAAAAAAAAAGCCAAAUGGUCCAAAUAAUGCACAGAAAAAGCAUUAGGUUUUCCACCAAGAUGUGUCAAAAAACGAUUUUAAAAAAUCGUAUUUGUCACGAAAAUGACAAAAAAAAAUUGUUUUUUUUUUGUAAAAUUGCUAUAAUCUUUGACUGGUCCAAAAACAUGCAGUCAGUUCACAGGUCAAUUGGCAAUAUUUGACCUGUCAAUUGACCAGCUUGCCAAUUCUAGUUUGGGGGCUAAUAAAAAAUGCACGGAUGGCGACCCAGGCUGGCUGCACAUCCCUGCUCCGCGCCCGCAGCAGGUAGCGUGACACUGAAGCAGGGAUGCCAGCUCCUCGCCGUUCGACAGCCUCAGCGCACUGUUGCCCCGGCGGCUUCGCUGAGACUGGCACAUGCCCUGCACCAGGGACCGGAGAAGUGCAAGAGUCACUUCGGGUUCAGGCAGCUCUCCCGCUUGCCCGGUCCUGGCUGCUGUGUCCAUCACGGAGGUUGCUAGCUCAGGGGAGAAGCAAGAGGACAGUCGUUGCUGAAGUACUUGCAAAGGUCUGUGUCUCCUAGUGCAAUCAUUUUGUGAACGAACAGCACGUGUAGGUGUUUCUUUGCGAGAUGCCGACUUUGCACAGAAACACCUGGCUCGCCUGCGGUGCCCAUGGGUGUCCACAAUCGGGCAAGCCUCAGUGGCCUCAUCCGCGUUGGUCCUCACUUGGGCAAGCACAGACGCAGCAGCAAGGGGCAGAGAGGAGCUGGAUUAGGUCUCGGGUCUGCCCCCAGACAGUGGUGCAAGUAGUGCUGGGCUCCUGUAGCUGCUGUUGCCUGCUCAGGGGUUCAAUCCUGACCUCUGCCUGGAGGGAAAUCAGUGCUUUCCUCAGGUGCCAGACCCGUCCCCUUUCUCAGCACAUAAAUUGAGGCUGAUGCUGCUCUCCUGGCAGCGGGGCAGAGCCCUUUGGGCCUGGCUCUUUGGGGGGUUCCCACGCGCCUCCUGCCCUCGUGGGCAUGCCUGCAGGGACAGCACUCCCGGGUCAAUUUGGGGCUCUACUUGUGCAGGAAGUGUUUGGCGGUGCAGCCCGCUCCCCAUUGUGAACCGAUCUUUGUACCAUAGCAGAAAUGAAGCGUCGGUAGCAAGCGCCCGUGUCGGAUCCUUUUCUUGGUUAUUCUGAACACCAGGCCAAGCCACCUCUCCCGCCUCUGACUCAAGCCCCUCUGUGUGCUACUUGGCUUCUGGCGCGAUUCUCAAUCCUGACCUUGCCUUCAACGCAACACCUUCGGGGACUCGGUUAUGUAAGUUCUUAGCUUGUUUUUACAUGGGCUUGUACUGCCACCCAGCGAUGGAGAAUUGUUCAGUCCGUUCAGUCGUAAAUAAGGCUCAGAGCGCCGUGUUACCUGCACUAGACCCUUGCUGGCUCUGGUUUACAGCUUUUAUGUUG